AUGCUCUGCGCGGAAGCCGGCAGCGAGCUCCCAGGCUGCACCCAUCUCAGCACCCGCAUCUACCCGCAUCCUUGUGCCCAUCCGGUGAGAGAGGCUUUGCAGGAGCACGGAGGAGAUGCCGGGCCAGCCCCGAGCUCGUGCAGCGGCCGAGGCGUUGCCAGCAGCCAUGCCGAGCUGCCUGGGUGCACGAUGACGCUCUCCCUCGCAGCCGCAGCCAGAGCUGCCCAGGUUUCCAUUUGCCUCUUCCUGUGCCUGUCCUGGGGCAGCUGCUGCCCCCCGAGCUGCCAGUGCACGGAGCGGGCAGGGGCAAAGGCCGUUCUCUGCAGUGCCCGGCACUUGGAGGAGAUCCCCAAGGACAUCCCCCAGGAUGCGGUGUUCCUCAAGCUGGACACCAACAGCAUCACCAGGAUCCCCAGCAACGCCUUCAGGCACCUGUCCCACCUGGAGGAGCUCGACCUCUCCAGGAACGCCAUUGAGAAGAUCGACGGGGCAGCUUUCAAAGGGGUGGCUGCCGGCCUGCGCACCCUCGACCUCUCCAGCAAUCGCAUCCGCAGCAUCCCUAAAGAGGCUUUGCUGAUGCUCAACGCCAAGCUCCGGCUGGCCAACAACCCCUGGCACUGCGAGUGCGCCCUGCAGGAGGUCCUGUGGGAGGCACAGCUGGACCCCGACUCCGUCCAGGACAUCACCUGCCACACGGCCCCGCGGGAGGAGUAUGUGGGGAAGCCGCUGCUCCAGGUCCUGGAUGCUGGUGUCAACUUCUGCAGCGUGCGCCAGAGGACCACGGACGUGGCCAUGUUCAUCACUAUGUUUGGUUGGUUUGCCAUGGUCAUCACCUACGUGGUCUGCUAUGUCCGGCACAAUCGAGAGGACGCCCGCAAGCAUGUGGAGUACCUGAAAUCGUUACCAAGCACCCAGAACCCUGCAGAGACCAUCAGCACUGUCCUGUAGCACAAGGUUGGGGCGCUUUGCUCCCAGCACCUCUGCA